CAACGGCCAACACAGCAUCUCUCUCGCUCACACGGCGCAACAAGUCAGAUCCGGGGAUCGAACACAAGAAUGUCAAUGCAAAAUUGGCAACACCGGAAUCGUUUAACCACCUACACGUGAAGGGAAAAAAGGAUAGAAGCACUGGGAUCGUAUCGUGUGUGUUUAUUGAGUUAUAAAAACAGGAAACAUCAGCGCAGUUGGGCGGUUUCUAGAAGACUGCACACGUUAAGAACUCUAAUAAACAAACACAACAGUAUUUCCCUUUCUUUACGGUCUCCAAGGUAACAAAUCAGAAAACAGACAGAACAGGAGUAAUCAUGGAAGAAAACUGCAUUUGUGUCUCGCGCGCAGUUGAGGUAAGAUGCUGACUACUCCCCAGGUAGUGAUACACCCUGCUUCUAGAGCUUCUAGUCGUAUUCAGCAGUACGAGGACGAAAGUGAUUACGACGACGACGACGACGACGGUACUUUCCUUCGCCCGUCGUUUUUAACGUCAACCACGGCUUCUGAAACUGGGAACAACACCGCCAUCGACAUCAACGACGAUGUUGGCGGCGGUGGCGACGACGGUGGAGCUGACGACAUCGCGCCACGUAGCGAGCAAAUUGCGAACCAUCACGCUAAUAACUCGGUGGGCGCAUCCUCAUCUGCCGCCGUUAACAAUCACGUUGCGUCUCGACGCGGCUCCGUGUCUGUCCACCACAAACCUUCGGAAGACGAAGACGAAGACGAGGUUAAGGGGACAUUACGACCUCCAGAAACUAGUGGGGGAGGGAGUGGGGGUUAUUGGGGGGCGGCAAGUCGUCCUUCCAGCCCUGGAGUUAUUAUGGGUGAUCCUGGGGGUGGUAGUGAAACUUCUUCAAUAAUGCCACCCCCAUCAAGACCAAAGUCAAGAUUGGAUCAAGGUGGCGCUACCAGCAAAUAUAACAACUUAUCAUACUGGAAAGCAAGAAAAGUGCUGUUUUACAAGAAUGGUGACCCUUUCUUCCCCGGUGUGGAGUUCAGGUUCAAACCUGGAAGGGACAUUGUCAGUCUCGAAUCCCUGCUGGACAAACUAUCUCUGAGAAUGGACUUACCGCGAGGGGCACGCUAUGUGUUCUCCAUGGACGGCGACAGAAAGCUGAGGUUAGAGGAACUGGAAGAUGGCGCCUCCUACGUCGUGUCGUCAUACAAAACAUUCAAGCAAGCAAGUUAUGGGAGGAAGAACGGAGUGUGGUACGGUCCUGCCUUGCCUGCCCAGGGCUGGAAGCCACCACUCAGCAGAAAAUCAUCAAUAGUGGAGGCGGGAGACGUGCCGCCUCCCGGGGUCGGAAGUAAGCCGAGUUCCGGUCGUGUCAUCAGAAUAAUCAACAAUCAGGACCACACAGUACAGUGUCGAGUGCUGCUGAAUCUCAGAACAUCUCAACCUUUCGAAGAAGUGCUGGAAGACUUAGGACAGGUCCUCAAGAUGAACGGCGCCAAGAGAAUGUACACUGUGGCAGGGCAGGAGGUACGGAGUUUCUCCCAGCUGAGGAACGAAUUCGCUGACGUGGACACGUUCUACCUCGCUACGAGUGUGGGAGCGCUCGCCUCGCCUGUGAGACGGUCCCGGUCGCGCGCCGCUACGCACAACCACAUGCAGCUCGUGGAGGACGCGAGAGAGGCUGGCACCAGGUCCAGAAGGGCGCGCUCCAAGAGCAGAGCCCGCAUCCUGUACGCUGGGGAGCUAGAUAUUGUGCGUGCCACCAACGAUUUCUCCGUAGUGGAUGUGAUGAAAGAGGAGCCAAUACGGGUAACGAUCCGAGGACUGAGAAGGACGUUCUAUCCCCCUCUUCAUCAUCCACCACAUGACAAUUCUCCGCCAGAGAAACGGCUACAAAUAAGUUGGGUUUACGGGUACCGAGGGACGGACUCAAAGCGAAAUUUGUGGGUCCUGCCGACGGGAGAGAUGCUGUACUUUGUGGGGGCCGUGGCUGUUCUAUACGACAGAGACGAAGACGCUCAGCGACACUACAUCGGACACACAGAGGACAUACAGUGUAUGGACCUACACCCGUCACGUGAGAUGGUGGCAUCCGGACAACGCGCCGGUCGGAAUCGCAAAACGCAGGCACACAUCCGCAUCUGGAGCACGGAGACGCUGCUCACUCUCUAUGUUUUCGGCAUGGGAGAAUUCGAGAUUGGCGUAUCGGCAGUUGCCUUUUCGCAACUGAAUGGUGGAAGCUACGUCUUGGCUGUGGACGGGGGCAGGGAGCGGAUACUGUCAGUUUGGCAGUGGCAGUGGGGACAUCUACUCGGCAAAGUGGCGACCCUACAAGACGAUCUGACGGGAGCAGCGUUUCACCCACUGGACGAUAAUCUACUUAUUACACACGGGAAGGGACACCUCACAUUCUGGACACGACGGAAAGACGGAUUCUUCGAGCGGACCGAUAUAAUCAAACCGACAUCAAGAACCAACAUCACAACGCUUCAAUUUGAGCAAGACGGAGACGUGGUAACAGCUGAUGGUGACGGAUUCAUCACAAUUUAUUCAGUUGACAGCGAUGGCGCUUACUUCGUCCGCAUGGAGUUUGAGGCUCAUACCAAGGGCAUCAGUGCUCUUGUCAUGCUGUCAGAGGGCACACUACUUUCAGGAGGCGAAAAGGAUCGCAAGAUAAUUGCUUGGGACACACUUCAGAACUACAAGAAGAUCACUGAGACAAAGCUGCCGGAGUCAGCAGGUGGCGUUCGAAGUAUUUAUCCACAGCGACCAGGAAGAAAUGAUGGCAACAUCUACGUUGGCACCACACGAAACAACAUAAUGGAAGGAUCCUUACAAAGAAGGUUCAACCAAGUUGUAUUUGGACAUAGCAGACAUUUGUGGGGGUUGGCUGUUCACCCAGACGAUGACAUGUUUGCAACUGGAGGACAUGACAAGAAUAUUGCAAUGUGGAGGAGAAACAAACUGUUAUGGAGUGUCCAGGUGCGCAGCGAGUUUCAAUCUGGUUUAUAUGAGAGUGUUUCCUUAUGUUUCCAUCCAUUUGGAGUGGUGUUAGCAGCUGGUAGCACAGAGGGCCACCUUGUAGUACUCAAUGCAGAAAAUGGGGCUCCUGUUGUUACAAUAAGGGUUUGUGGCUCACCGCUUAACUGCUUGGGAUACAACCCAGCUGGUGACAUGAUUGCACUAGGAUCACAGAAUGGUAGUGUGUACUUGUUCCGUGUCAGCCGUGAUGGCUUUUCAUACAAAAAGUGGAACAAAAUUCGAGGUUCACAACCACUCACUCAACUUGACUGGAGUACAGAUGGGUGUUAUUUACAGACAGUUACGGCAGAUUAUGAUCUUGUAUUUUGGGACAUUAAGAAUGUUGUGACAGAGAAAAGUUCUAUUGGUAUGAAAGAUGUCAAGUGGUAUACGCACAAUGCCACCAUUGGUUUCCUAGUAGCAGGAAUCUGGAAUAACAGAUUCUAUCCUAUGGCCUCACUCAUUGUAACAGCAAAUCGAUCAGCUGCACAUGACCUGUUAGUGACUGGAGAUGCUGAUGGAUACUUGAGGCUUUUCCGGUACCCAUGUCUGAGUGCCAAGGCAGAGUACAAUGAAGAGAAAGUAUACAGCAUGCAAAUAGCUACAGCACGCUUUAUGUAUAACGACAAGAAUGUUGUCACUGUAGGUGGUACUGAUGCCACAUUAAUUUUAUGGGAUGUUAUUGAUGACUGAAUGAAGACAGUUACUCCAGAGCUAAGAUGUUUAUAAACAUAAGUGCAAAUAGUGUGAAGGAAACUUGAGAAUACAUGUAUCACAGUGUUAAAUGCCACUUCUGAAAGGUAAUUUUACAUGGAGUGCGAUCAGAAAUGACCAUAAAAGUUGAACUUCAGUCACAUCCUGGUACUUUUCAGAAAUAUUUUAGAAGGAAAGCUUUAUUUUUGACAUAUAACUGCAAUUCUAACUCUUUCCAAACACAUUCACAUGAACAGGCUUUCCUUCAAAGAAGAAAUCAUAAUGAAACCAGAAAGAAAUUAUUAAAUGAUGUGUAUCAGUAAUAAAGUAUACCUAUUUACACAAUUCUGAUUCAGUGGCUAUAAUAAAUUAGAACAAUGCAAUAAUCUAUCAAAAAGAAAAAUGAGAACAAAACAAAACCUCUAAACCCACAAUCUCCUUUAAACUUAUAUAUAAAUAUCUGGAAACUUAUAAUAUGGAUGUUAGUGUAUGAAAGAUACAAGUUUGAUUCCUUGAUAGCAGAAAAAUAAUACUGCAGGGAAAAUGGAUCUGUGUUAUUUAAUUGUCAACACACUUCCAAACAAUAAUAUAUGGUUAAGUUACGUCCUAUCACAACUUACUAGUUAUCUGACAGAAAAUGACUUCAAAUAAUCCUGACUUACCACCACAAAGUUAAUAAAAUAAAUACAGUUUUAAGGAGCUGAAUAUCAGCAGAAUGGCAUGAUUUAAAGAAACAGUUCUUUUGAUUGGAAAGAGUUUGUAAAUAUGUAAUAAGAACUUUUAUAACACUGAAGGAAUUGCAGCACAGCACAUUCUAAUUCCAUUAUAUGCACUUUUAUUUCAAAUGUGAGUCAAGAGCAGGGAACAGACAGGGUUUUUCUGUCAUAUUCUCAGGAAAACCAGAGAACUGUAUUUGUAGACAACAUAUUUAUGAAUUCCAAAAACAUUUUGUUAUAAUUUUUCCCUUGAUUGAAGCCCAUCACAUCAGAGGUUUUCCUACAUCUCAAAAUUUACACAUUUACCAAUCAACUCUCUUCUCUCCCCAGAUCCUGAUUUUCAUACUUAUAUUAAAAAAUCUUUCAUAUAAAGUUUUCAAAUUCAUAAAUUAACACAAUUUAGUGAAGAUAUGUGUGCCAUAUCAAUAAGACAUUACAUACUUAUACACACUACAUAAAAAUCUGUAUUCCUGAAGAGUACAGUGCUCAAAUAGGGUUACAGUACUGUAGCACACUGGCACUUUUCACACCUACUAUUGCCCACACCAGUACCUGUAUAAACAGCUUUCAUUUUGAUGGAAGAUUCAUAUCCAUAUUACAUUUAAGAUUAAAUUCCUAUUAUAUGAAUUAUAUUACACAAAACACAUAUUUACUGACAAAGGUGUUUGUGACAAGUUCUCACAUGAAAUAUCAGCAGAAACUAGUGAACUUCAAUUUAGCCCUAAUUUUAUAUUCAAAUGCAUUAAUUAAAACUGUGUAUGACAAAAAAAAUAUAUAUUGUAAUUACUUGUGUAAGUGAAAACACUGAAUAAUGUUUUAUAAAUGAAACAGAUAAGGACACAAAUCAACUGCGUUUAUAAGAGUAACACAACUUCAACCGUUGUGUACAAAUCACAUAAUAUGCUGCAUACCUACAGUAAAGAACCAAACUGCCAUUUGAUAGCUGUGUGUGUUUGUGUGCAUGUAAAAUAAGAAUAAACAUACUACACUCAUCUGUUAAUUGUUGAUGAAUGUUCUUGAUAUACAUGUAGUAUAUAGUCAGUUAUGCGUUUUAACUUCAUUGUUAAUAAAGUCAUUGAUAGACCAUUUCUUGUAACACAACAUGCCAAUUAUUUUUAGUCAGAUUGAGAGGGCAUGAAUAUAAUAUAUGAUAAUGGUAUUGUAUUGCCAUUUUUCAUUAUAUAAGAAAUAUUUAACAUAUAAUUUUCUUUUUAUCUGUAGUUUGUGGAAUAAAGAACAUUAAUACACACUUUUUAAACUGCCAGUGUGCUGUUGUACUCAUAUCUACUAAAACGUUUCUAUAGUAAUGCACUGAUAAACUCUCAAAUUACCAUACCAAACAGACAGUUGCUAAAACUCUACCAAACUGGUUAGAUGUUAACAUUUUUGUUAGAAAUCAGCGCAGCAGUAACAGUGACAUUCUUUCAAUCCUAUUAUGUCUUCAGGAAAUAUAAUCAAUGUAAGGAAUACAUAAAGACAUUCAAUCACAGACAGAGGCAAAUGUAACUCUCAUCCUAUUUUGCAAUUGCUAUUAUUGUUGCUGAACAAAUUAAACUAUUAUUACUAGACAAUUAGGAUAGAGUUUGUAAUUGGACCCCCACAGAGAUUCAUGUUUCCAUAAAAAUAAGUUGGUCUUAGAAUUGACAGUUUUCUUCCUGUAUUACUAACAUUUUUAGUUGGUUUUGCCAUGCUGUUUGAUUUUGUGGAGAUAUGAUGGACACAUUUUUGUGAUAUUCACAGGUCAUACCAGACAAAAAUUAGUGUGAGAAGAUAAAACAUAUUCAAGUUCCUAAAAUAACCACUUUUACUACUAUCUAUUUCUCCCAAUUUACUUCCAUCAAAAACAGUGAAAUUGCAGAAGAGAGUAGGAGCCGAAUACCACGUACAAUUUCAACACCUUUUCCAACAAAAUAAUAUGAUGAAUUUCAUACAGAUGUCAUAAAAAGUCAUCUUGCUCCUAAGUAACAUGCCAUGACAGUGUAUGGGAAGAGUGGAGAUAUGUAUCAUUAAUACAGCAAUAGAAGGAGAGAAAUG